UGAUGUGUAUUAACUGAAAUGGGUAACUGCAUUCCAUCUAGUAUCGAUCUAAAUGAUAUGAUCCACGCACCCCAAGCAGCUCAACUGACAGACAGGUCUGCAAUCUUACGUUGCAACACUUGUGAAACAUUGGAUUAUGGAAGUAGUGCUAAUGUAUUCAGUCUAAACGAAAUGGAUUCGGAUUUAAAAUCUCCUAUACUCACACGAAUAUUCUCACGCCAGACAAAUAACAAUCAAACAAAUAGUGGCGAUUUUUACCGCAAUUCACUUGAAAGUGAUGAACUUCCUUCACAGAACAUCGAUAAAAUAAACUUAUCUUCAGCUUUAAAUCAACAAGACGAGAAGUGUAUCUUACAAGUUGUAAAACCAGUGUUGAAACUAUUCACUGCUCACUCCAUAACCAAUGAUCUAGAUAAUCCAAAAGAAGCUCAAAAACUACUACUAACUCAUACUACCGAAAAUAUUACAAAUAUUGAAGCAAAACAAAAUAGUGAUAAAGAGAAAGGUAACGCGAAUGAGGAUAGUGGAAUGGAAAGCUGCUCACUAGACAGUCAUUUGAAAAGUGUAAACUUAUGUUCUGACUCAAAAAAUUCAACCAGAUUACAGUUGAACAGUAUAACUAAUGAAAAGGUUUGUGAAAAUACAGAGCAAUUAAUGAGCUGGUCCUAUCCGAGAAAUGAGACAAUUACUAGAAGUGCACAGAUUAUUGAAAUAAAUUCUAAUCCUCAUACUAUGUCUAAAUAUUCUCUCAAUAAAAUCAUAUCGGAAGAAAACAAGGAUCAAGUUGAACCAGUUCUACAUUUAAACGAAGAAUGGCUUUAUGAAAAAAAUAAACAGAAAUUAAGUAGAGAUUUAACAGAUAGUAUUCCAAAAUAUUCAAAGCUUUCGGCAGAUCAAAAGAAAGGCCUACCAUUUGUAGCCGUGGCUAAAAUGACUUAUAUUCCACAAUACCCUCAUGAACUAAAUGUUUCGGAAGGAGAAAGAUUACUGGUGCUUAGUCGCAUGUUGAUACCAUGUACUACAAUUCAAGAUAGGUCAAACUCAUUAAGAACAGAUGAAGAUUUUUGGCUGGUCGAACGAAUAGAGCUAAAAUACAUGUCUAACUUCUGUUCAAGGAAGGGAUUGGUGCCAAGAGAAUAUUUACAAAUCAUCGAUAAUCCUAUAACCACCCACAUUUCUUGGUUUAAUAUUGACAGAGUUGAAGCAGAAAGACUACUUCUUCUAAUGGGUAACCCAUCAGGAACAUAUAUUACACGUCCAUCUUCAGAUUCAGAUGAGACAUUUGCUCUAUCAGUACGACAUUUAGACCAAACAACACUGAUUUGCUAUCCUAAUUACUUCUUGUCUGUAAUAAAAACAACGUUUUAUCUUAUUGAAGUAAAUGCCGAUGGAAUAGCCUGCUGCUUAACUACACCAUAUUCGAAAAAUUACGAACCACCAACAAAAUUGUCUUUACUAGAAGUAAAUCGAGACAAUUUUGAAUUCAUCAAAAAACUGGGACAAGGAAGCUUUGGUGAAGUAUGGUAUGGAACAUGGAAUAAUCGGAUGGCUGUAGCGAUAAAAAAAUUACUUGGAAAUAAUAACAUGAAUCAAAAACGAUUUCUAAAUGAAGCUGAACUUAUGCAUAGACUGAAUCAUCCGAAUAUAGUCAAACUUUUGGCUGUAUGCACAUUUCCCUAUCAUCAACCAACUUAUAUCAUUAGUGAAUUAAUGGAAAAUGGCUCUUUGAAACAGUAUAUGCAGAAGCUUAAUCCUGAGAAAAUUAAAAUGAAGAAUUUACUUGAAAUGAUGAAUGAUGUUGUCAAAGGAAUGGUGUAUUUGGAAGAACAGCAUUAUGUUCAUCGAGAUCUACGGGCCAGCAAUAUUCUAGUUGACAGUAAAAAUAGACUUAAGGUUGCCGAUUUCGGUUUGGCUCACUUACUUAGUGAUACAGACGAGUACAUAGGAACAUUUGAAACCAAAUAUCCCGUUCGGUGGACAGCCCCAGAAGGGAUUUUGAAGCAGGCUUAUUCAACGAAGUCAGAUGUAUGGUCAUUCGGGAUAUUGAUUCAUGAAAUUUUAACCUUUUGUGAAUUACCCUACAAAGAGUUCACUGUGAAUGAAGUCAAAAUACGCGUGUGUUCAGGUUACCGAUUACCUCGUCCUAUAUUGAGAAUAUCCUCUACAGAUUUCAUUCUACAUGUGGAUGAUCAGUACGAGGUUCCCAAAAGGAAAAAUUUGGAAACGUUUAUGUGUCCAAUUAGUAUUUACAACAAAUUACUGGAAUGUUGGCAUGCUUCACCUGAUGAAAGGCCAUCAUUUAAUUCGCUACGUUAUUUUAUCGAAGAAUUAUUAGAAAAAGAAAUCGAGAAAUGA